AUGACGAUAAAUCCAACAGGUAAUUUGAGCUUUAACAACACUAAAGAAUUUUUGAAGUUUAUCAACGCUAACCCUAAGAUCAGUGUACAUGAUGCAAUUAAACAUGUUUAUCCGUACCAAACUACAUUAAAGAAAGAAGCGAUUGUUCGUAUAAAAGAUCUGUUAACAUCAUUUGAAAUAAAUUCUUUACCAGCAGAACCGAUUAAAAAAAUUAAUGCAACAAAAGUAGCUGAAGAUAGUAAUAUUGUGCAAUUUAAUAUUGACAAUGUAGCAAUAAAAAUAGCUGGGGGCGAGCGUCUCACGUCAGCAGAAAAAACGAAAAACUUUGUUGACUUAGCACAUCAACGAAAUAUAUUAGCUACUAUGAUACAAAGUUUUGCUGUGGGUGAUAUUUGUCUAAUCGGUCAGAAAGGUGUUGGUAAGUCCACACUUACGAAUCAUCUACUGCAUCUACUUAAUCAAAGCGUGGAGCCCAUGGUACUCUAUGAGGAUAUGACAUCUCGUGAUUUAGUGCAACAACGCAUUACAACAGUUGAAGGUGAUACUAUUUGGCGAGAUUCACCACUUGUACGUGCUGCUAAAAAUGGUUCCGUCGCAAUAUUAAAUGGUAUACAUCAUUUGCAUAAGAGCACAGCUACUGUUCUUCAAAGAUUAGUACACGAUCGUGAACUGCAAUUGUGUGAUGGCACAAUUUUAUUAAGUCAUGAUCGUUAUGAUGCACUGCUCCAACAAGGCAAUACAAAAUUGCAAUUAGCCGAAAAAGGCAUACUUAAAAUACAUGAAUCUUUUCGUCUUAUUGCUCUGGCAGAACCACCAAAUCCCAAUUCACCUAAACAAAAUUGGCUAACACCUGAAAUGUUGAGUCUUUUCUUAUUUGUGGAAGUACGACCGUUGAAACAAUCCGAAGAAUUUGAAAUAAUUAACAAACUCUACAGCAAUGUAGACGAUAGCAUAAGUAAAAUAAUUAAUUUAUCACAUAAUUUACGUGAAUCAACUGAUGCUACCUUGGAGAGCUUGGCAGCGACAUUAUCAACACGUCAAUUAUUGAAAAUAGCACGUCGUAUGGCUGCAUAUCCUAGCAAUAACAAAACGAGUCCACUUAAUUCAGACUAUGACAUCAUACAGAAUACAUUUUUAGCCAAAUUUAUGCCUGCUUUACCGCGUGCUGCUCUAGAAGAUGCUAUACAAUACGCUGGCAUCAUACAAGCUAGAAGCCAAGGUGGUGCGCGACGUACGAUUUCGAUUGCAGGUGACGUAUUGAAAAUCGGUGAUACAGAGAUGAAGCUAAUAGCAACCGAUGAGCAAACUAAAGUUCCAAGCACACUUUUCUAUGAAAUGCCACAACAUGUGGAGCUUUUAGAGCGUCUAAUGCAGGACUUCUUGAUUGGUGACCAUCUUUUACUGGUAGGCAACCAAGGUGUAGGCAAGAAUAAACUGAUUGAUAAGUUGCUACAAUUAAUGAAUAAACCGCGUGAAUAUUUACAAUUACAUCGUGACACGACUGUGCAUAGUUUAACUGUGCAGUCUACACUACGUGGUGGUCAGGUAGUCUACGAAGAUAGUCCACUUGUUAAGGCUGUUAAAAGUGGUCACAUACUAGUCAUAGAUGAAGCAGACAAAGCGCCAGUUAAUGUUACUUGCAUACUACGUACACUUGUUGAAAAUGGCGAAAUGACAUUAUCUGAUGGACGUAAAAUAGUAGCUUCUGGUGAUGGUGAAGCAGCGAGGGCUGAAAAUGCAGCACAAGAAAUCAUUGAAACUCAUCCUAAUUUCCGUGUUAUUGUUUUGGCAAAUCGUCCAGGUUUUCCAUUCUUAGGAAAUGAUUUCUUUGCAUCUCUGGGCGAUGUAUUCAGUUGUCAUGCUGUAGAUAAUCCUUCACCAGAUUCUGAAAUUUAUUUGCUGCAGCAAUAUGGUCCGUCUGUACCUAGAAAAACAUUAGCUACACUGGUAAAUGCUUUUGGUGAGCUGAGAAGUAUGGCUGAUGAAGGUUUGCUAAAUUAUCCGUACUCUACGCGUGAAGUAGUUAAUAUAGUCAAGCAUUUGGAGAAGUUUCCUAAUGAACCAAUGUCGGAAUUGAUAGGAAAUGUUUUAGAUUUUGAUAAAUAUCAGCCAGAAGCUUUGGAGCAAGUCACACAAGUGUUAGCUAAACAUGGUUUACACAUCGAAGCUUAUGCGAGAAAUGAGUUAUUUGCUUUGAGGAAGAAGAAAGAAAUACAGUUGACAGUGAAUCGUAAAAGUGGUUUGGGUGUCUCAGGUCCGAAAUAUGGCAAAGUAGAUCCAAAGAAUGCGCCGCAUGUUGGCGGUAACACUUGGGCAGGUGGUAGCGGUGGACGUGAUACUGCAGGUUUAGGUGGCAAGGGAGGACCAUUUCGACUUGAUGCCGGGCACAAAGUACAUCAGUUGUCGGAUGAAGAAAAGGAUGAUAUACCGGAAGAAGUUAAACGAGCAGCACGCGAAAUGAAUCGUAAAGCCUUUGAGGAGAAAUUAAAAGAAAUAAAAAUGUCUGCACAUGACCAUAAAAUAUACGCACAGUUCAGUGAACCCAAUCGCAGGCAGGUGCAACAAUUGAAAGCUGUUUUGGAGGCUAUGCAAACGAAAAGCAAGGAAAGACAGUGGCAAAAAUAUCAGACACAUGGUGAGUUAGACGACACACGCUUAAUUGAAGGCAUUACCGGUGAGAAGAAUAUAUAUCGCAAGAGAGGUGAAGCAAAUCCUUGGGCAGAUCAUGUACAGGAAAAACCCAAUCGGUUGAAGUUGGUAGUGGAUGUAUCGGGUUCUAUGUAUAGAUUUAAUAGUUACGAUGGUCGGCUUGAUCGUGAACUUGAAGCUGUUGUUAUGGUUAUGGAGGCGUUUGAAGGUUUUGAAAAGAAAAUUGUUUAUGAUGUUGUGGGCCAUAGCGGCGAGGGUUGGGAAAUACCAUUCAUAAAUGCAGGCAAAGCGCCUAAAACAGAUAAAGAACGCUUUGAGACUAUACGUAUGAUGCAUGCACAUUCACAAUUUUGCUGGUCUGGUGACAGUACGGUAAAAGCCACAAAGGAAGCCAUUAAUAGUUUGACAGAAGAAGAUUAUGAUAACUCUAUUGUGGUUGUUUUAAGCGAUGCAAAUUUAUCACGUUAUGGCAUACAACCCAGAGAUCUUGCAAAGGCUUUGAUGAACGGCGAACCUAAAGUUAAAGGACAUGUCAUAUUCAUUGGCAGCUUAGCUGAAGAAGCUGAAGAUAUAAAUAUACAAAUGCCUGCUGGACAUAGUUAUGUGUGCAUGGAUCUAAGCAAACUGCCACAGAUUUUGAAACAAAUAUUUACAUCAUCGCUUUUGUAAAAAUAAUAACUGAGCUUGUUGAGAAAUGCAGGAACAAUCAAUAGUCAUUAUAGUUAAGAGCUAUUAUUAAUUUCUUCCAUCUGUGAAGUACAAUAACUACAAUCAUCAUCUCUUCCACAUUAUCUUAUCCCUCAUUUGUGAAAUAGCAUCUUUUAUCAUCACGUCCCACAGCUAACAUCUACCUAAUAUGACGUUGGGGGUUUUUUAUCCGCUAUCAUCGGUUACUAGUGGAGUCCAAUGAGAGGUCACAUUAAUUAUAAUAACAACCAUAAGGAUAACAGUAACAAUAACAACAUUGGCAAUCUUAUUAUACUCUAUGUGCUUGAAAGAUUUUAAUUUAGACAAUAACUUUCUAUAGAAAGAUAUCGAGUUCAAGUUAUUUAUAGAGAUUUUAAAACUAAAUGAAAGUUAGGUAAAUAUUAUAAAUAGUUA